GUGCGAGAAAAGAUGCUGUAUGCAUCAACUAAAGCAACCUUGAAAAAAGAGUUUGGAGGAUCUUACAUCAAAUAUGAACUUUUUGCUACUACCAAGGAGGACGCAAGUCUCCAUGGCUAUCACAAAUAUCUACGAGCUGAAAAAGGUCCAGCACCUCUAACACCUGCAGAAGAAGAACUUCAGUCAAUAAAACGAAAUGAGUCUGGAGUUGGUAUUGGAAUUGACACCAAACAUCAGACAUUACAAGGGGUUGCUUUCCCUACUUCUGAUGAUGCAGCUAGUGCUUUGUUUGAUAUGAAAGAAGGACUAGUUAACUAUGUACAGCUGAGUAUUGAUCUAGACAAAGAAGAAAUCAACCUUGAAAUCAAAGAUCAGACAGAUGUGCAACAGCUGGCUGGAAAGAUGCCAGCUGAUCAUGCUCGUUACCAUCUGUUUGUUUUUCCUCAUUCACAUGAAGGAGACUUUCUUCAGAGUGUAGUAUUCAUCUACUCAAUGCCAGGCUACAACUGCUCCGUUAAAGAAAGAAUGUUGUAUUCAAGCUGUAAAAACCCACUCUUAGAAUUUAUAGAAGACAAAGUUGGAAUUUGCAUAGCAAAGAAGUUGGAAAUUGAUGAUCCUAAAGAAAUCACUGAAGGGUUUUUAUAUGAUGAGAUACAUCCCAAAAAGAACAUCUACAGACAAAAGUUUGCUAAGCCUAAAGGUCCAGGAAACCGUGGAGCUCGGCGGUUAAUUCGUUCUAAGAAUGAUGAUGUAAAUCAAGAAGAUUCAUCAUAAGUUUCUAAAAAAGUGCACUUAAAAUCAAAGGAUGUUUAUAUAAUUGUUCAAUGUACAGUAAGAUUAUCACUAAAAAAAUGUGAGGUUAAAAGGUGUAAUUUUUAUGAAGUAGUUUCAAUUUACUUACUGUUACUUUCAUGUAAUGGUGCAUUUAAUUAUUGUUACUUUAUGCAAAAUUUUUACGUGUUUUCAAAAUUCAAGCAAUAAUGGUACAUGGAGCAAUUGAAGAAAUUAGUAAUAAUGAAGUUAUAUAUGUAUAACGGUGAAUUUACAUACAUAUAUGCAUGUCUUUAGAGACAGGGCUUUAUUAUAUUAUCUUGGAAAGAGCAUAAAGUAACUGAAAUGUUAAUAAACUGUAUGUUUGAUAUGUGAUAAAGCUUUUUCUGGUUUGGUAAAAAUAGCCAUUGGUGAUAUGUAGAAUCACAUGUUUGGAUGGUUUAGGGUGAAACAGGUUUAAUUUGUGAGAUGAAGUUAUUUCAGUAUUCAUGAGUCCAAUUUGUAGUUCACUUAUUUUUAUAAUGUUAGAAAUCUUCCUUGUCAGAUUAAACGUUUAAUAAAAUAUAUACUAUACAUGAACACAUUUCAUGUUAGGAGAAUAAUACGAAACAUUUGUGUAAUAAUUUAGAAUUCUUUGUUAUUAUUUCAUAAUAUUUGGAUGUGUAUCUGUUUGUAUUCUCUUAUGCAUAAAAUAUGUACUUGCAGAACUACAUAGAUGCUUAUCAUUCUCUAUAGCUCCAAGUUUGUGGGGGGUGACAAAACAAAAGGUGAAAUGUAAGUGAAUAUGUAAAAGUAAGGCUUUACAGUGUAUUGAAACAAUGAAUAUGUAAAAAAUUUUGUCUAUAAUAGAGAAGUCACUUCAUCGUCUCAAAAAAAAGUUUUUUAAGUACAUGUUUCUCAUAAUUUGAACUUAAACUCUUUAAACACUUUUCUACACAGACAGAUAUACCAAUUGCAGAACAUUGUAAAUGAAUUCCUUUGCAGUUUACAGCAUCUGGUAUAAUUCUAAUGUCCCUGUAUUGUAUUGUGUGAUUUCAAGUUUAUUAUGAUUCACUGGUUUUUGUGUUGAUUUAUUUACCUGUUAACUGCAUAAAUGCUUAUUUCUCUUCUUGUUUUGUAUUUGUGUAUGUAGACACAAACACAUUUACUAAUAUACAUGUAGAUGAAUAGCUUGACAACUAUAAAAAGUCUUACUCCUUAACCUUAUAAGAAUGGUGUUGGUGUAUUGCACCAACCCCUAUUUCUGUGAGGAUAGACAUAGCAAUGUUUACUAUAGUUUUGAAUUGACUACAUGUAUAAAAGCAGGUUUUUACACAAGAAAUUGGAUUUUUUAGUGAAGUACUUCUAGUAAAUAUUUAUUUGUGAAUUUAUAGAGUCAGUCUGAUCAAGCUGUAACUAGUUUCAGUGCAAGUUGAUUUCAUGUUAAAAAUAAAAAUACUUUUUUCAUCUUA